UCUGUAACUGCUAAAUCUGAUAUCUCAUCCUCUCCUCCCAUUAGCUCAUGGAGAAAUCGCAGAGAUGUGGCUUAUAAGUCAGCUUUAAGACUGUUAAAAAGGUAUUAUAAAAAUACUUACAAGAGCCACACCUUUGAUAUAAACGAGAAGGUACACAGAGCAUUGGCUGUGAAAGAUAUUUAUUUAAGAAUGGAAGCAACUUUGAACUCCUUCAUUCCUGAAGAAUCCCUGACUCAAGACCUGGUUUACUAUACAAUUGGAAUCACUGGCAUUAGAAGUCUACCCAAGAUUCCAUGUAAAAGAGGAAUUCAAAAGGAAAUCGCUGCUUUUCAGGAGUGAACUUAUGCAUUCUCUCGCAAGAAGUUUGAAAAGGCACUCAACUCCGAAAGCUUGAUCAUCUUGUGUAACUAUAUCACUCAGAAGUCAGAAGAUCCUAGAAUCAGCGUUCUAAGAGAUGAAGUUUUGGGACCAUAAACUAAUUGAAGAAUAUUGACAAGAGCCUAUUCUUAAAAAUUUAACACUCUAAUUGUUACUGAAAUCCAAUUUGAUGUCAUUAUAUUCUCUUCUCAAAGUUAUUUUCUGGGAGCCUAGGAAGGUUUAUCAGCUGAAGGGUUAAGAGUCUGAACUUUUUAAGGAUGACAAGCCUUGAGUCUAGUCAUGCUUCUUGAAUCUCCUCUAAUUCUUAAGAAUCUUAGAAAUUUUCAAUAAUUUGCCUUUGGGAAUUAUUAAAUUAGAUUUCCACCGCGAUCAUAUUGUUAAGAAAAUUGAUAGUUCCACUAUUUUUUAGGAAAUUAUCUAAUUCAAGAUAAGAGUACUAUUCAGUUUAUAUGAUGUCAUGAAGUACCUAUAGAGUCCCAACACUCGUUUUCCUCUUCUUUCAUCCAUAUAACUCAUUGAUAGUAUUACUGUUGUUUUAAAUUUCUAACAUAUUAGCAGCGAGUCAUGGAUCUCUGUAAAUUAUUAUACGAGUUUCUCCUCACUGUCUUCCUAAAUUAUGGCGGUUUGGCUUUAGAAGUAGCUUCCAGAGGCUUUCUCGACAAAAAUAGUGGCUUCUACAAGGCUAGUCGUUACUUUCCUUUUCAGACUGGACAAGCACUGAGUAUUUAAAUAACUUUCUGUAUUUUUUUAUUAAUAGUGAAGGUCACAGAUGGUUUUG